GAGUCAUUCAGACUUCAAGGGCUGCUGGAAUUCAGUAUUUGUACCCUGCCGCCUGUCAAGAAUAGACAGCUUUGCUAUAACGUACGAGCUGAUCAGACUAAACAAGCAUAAUUUAAAAUUUUUGGAAGCGUACAUACAACAAAAUUUCAUCUGGUUAUACUUUUUCUCUUCCCUCCAAAGCACAAUCUAUAACUCUGAGGCUUCCUAAUACCCUCCUAUCCCACCCACUCAUAUAGUUAAAAGUCUGAGAAAUGUUGAAACUACACGAUCUGUAUGGCCAAUCGUUUGCUCACGAGUUUCAGUUCACCAAUCCGGAUUCCAUCAAGAAUGCGGUCAAGCGCUACAAUCAGCAGCGCGCUGCCGAACGGGACGAAAUUAAGAAGGACCGAGAGGUGCCCAAGGUGUCCAAGCCGCGCUUCUGCAAGAUGCGGAACACGGGCCGCGAUGUGCUCAGCAUGGUAACAUCGCGCGACCUGGAUGUGGAGACGCAUAUCUCAUUGCGCACCCUCCCCGACACGCCCCACAGCAGCGGCAGCGGUAGCGGCAGCAGCAUGAAUAAGGUCGCCAAUGGCCAGAGUAACGGUCUAAAUUUGGUGCUGCCCGUGAAACGUUUGGCUGGCGGAGCAGAUACCAUUGCCACGCCAACCAACAGCGGCCGAGCCAAGAAGAUGCGCAUGCGCAAAACGAAGCGUGUAGCAGCCAAGCAGCAGCCGAAACUAAUAGAUCCGUCCGAUCCCUAUGCCGCCCACAUUGAGGGACUGCAUCGACAGGUGUGCGCCGAACUGCAGUCCAUGGGCCAGGCGCAGGCGCAGGCGGAGCAAGCCAAGCGCAAGCCGAAAACUCGGCGCAUGCAGCAGCCGCAGCUGCAGCAGCAGCAACAGAAGCCGCUGCAGCAACAGCAACUGCAGCCACAGCAACAGCCACCGCAACAUCAGCUGCAUCAGCAGCAGCAGCUGCUGCAAUAUCAUGCACAGCCGCAGCAACACUUGGCGGUCGGGUCGAAGCUUGCAUCCCAACAGUCCCCACGCAACCGCAGUCAAAAUCCGCGGAAGCGAAUGCACCCGGAUACCGCGUCCACAUACUCCGAGCCCGACAUGAUACUGCAGCGCCUGAAGCAGGUGCUGACCGAGGAGCAGAUGAACAUCUCGCAUCAGGCGUCCUACCAGGCCCACGCGACGGACGGCAUGCCCCAGUCCGGCCAUGGCAAUGCGUACGAUCCGCUGAAUGGCGCCAAUUCGGAUGCCUGCCUGUACAUGAAGCAGCGACAACCUGAGGAAUCCGAACCGCUUGAAGACAGUGAUCUGGAGCAGGAGUACGCCGACCGCCCCGACUACAUGCGCUACACACAGCGCGUGCCGCACAACCACAGUGACCCGGACGACCAGCAGGAGCAGCAGGGCUGCUUCGUUGAGCUGGAGCCGCAUCCCAACUGGAUUAGCUUGCAGCGUAGCCUGAAGCCGAUGUACUACACGUCCCAGCGAUCCGACACGGACAGCAGCACGCUGUGCGACCAGCACGAGGAGCGUCAGCUGUUCGAAAGUGGCAAAUCGACUGGGGCCAAUGGCGACACGUUCCCCACCGUCUCGGGCAGAUCUCCGACCAGGCAACGUCAACGUAGCCGGCAGCACUCACCAUCGAUCAAGUCCAAGUCGAAGCCGCGUAGCCCGAAGGGCACACGGCACGCGAAGCGCAAGGAAUUGACUGCUGCAGCAGGGGCUGUGGGCGCACCACGUCAGCCAGGAGGCGGCGACAGGGCUUCGAGUAUACUAUCGGCGCCAGUCAGGCCGUCCGAGCAGCCCCACUUGGAUCUGUCGAUGCCAACGCUGCCGCCGAAGCGGCGCAAGGUGCGCGCCGUCAUCUGCACUCGAUCCCUGGAGAAUCUGAAAUUCCAAAAGAUGUCCAUCUACAACAAGAUCUCGCUAACACAGGAGCGCAUCAUAUCGGCCCUGGACAAGCUGCAGUGCAGCCUGCUGCAGCUGCCCCUGAUCCACAACAACAGCCAGGAGAAGCAGCGACGCGAGCGGAACGCAUUCAAUUUCUGCGUGCGAUUCUCGCGCAAUUUUCUCUAUCCGCUGCGUGGCAUGAUCGAGGACGUGCGCUGCACGCCAGUGGCGAGCUUCAAUAGCGCCGCCUCGAACGAGGCCAGCCAGCGGGUGGUGUGCGUCUACGGGCUAAUGCACCACUCGAUCGGCCGGUAUCAGCGGCAGGUGCGCUACUUCCUGCUGGACAAGGUGCCGCAGAAGCUGAGCGCGCUCAUCGAGAUGAUGUACACGCUGACGAACGUCUGCCUGGAAAAGGGUGUGCUCGAUCGUCAGGAUCCGGUGGUGGAGUGCCUGCAACAGCGCUGCACCAGCUUCCUCACGUUCAUCGAGGACAUGCAGGAGCAGCGCUUCCAGCUGGCGCGCGAAUCCUACAGACGUCUCCAGCGGCGUGCUUAUGGCGGUGGACAUGGACACGGACACGGACAUGGUCAUGGUCUGGGACAUGCACAUGGUCAUGGACAUAUACAUGGACAUGGACAUGGACAUGGACACGGACACGGACAUGGACAUGGACGCGGAUAUGGUGGGCCUCGCCAAGAAAUGCACGAGCGAUACGAUCUGAAAAUGUGUCUCAACGAUCUAAAACUAUACGAACCGCGUCUGGUGCCCAAGGAACGGCCCGACAAGCGUCGCCCUCGCAUCUGGCUGCGCAAGCCCAAGACGCUUGCCGAACCGGCCAAUGCCCCAAUCAUCCCUGGCAUUUUGCUAAGCCAGGGAUCCGAGGUGCCGCCCGAUCAGCCCAGCGAAUACGUGCCAACCCACAUCGAGUGCGUCCAGUGUGGCGACAAUCGCGGCGAGCCAAGCAGCGAACCCGAGGAGCCCGGACAGCCCGAACAACACGUACAGCCCGAACAGCCCGAGCAGUCGGACGAGCAUAACCGUCAGCUGUCAAAUAUAUUGGCACUACUGCAGCAGCCCGGCCGGGAGAAGCGGGAGCUGCAUCAGCAGCUGCUCGAGGCCAUGGAGCAUGUGACCAAGUCGCAGGUGCGCGAGGUGCUGGACCCUCUGGUACGCUCCCUGGGCAACAUGUUGGAUAAGAAGCAUACAGAUGAAGCCCAAUGAGGAAUAGUCGCUGGCAGGAACCAAAGACUCAAUUCAAUAAAAUUGCACUUUUCGUUUUCGGUGAACCAAAUUGUAAAGUAGUUUAUUAUAGUGCAUAUGCACGCGUAUGUAAAUGUUUCAAAUCGCUGUGGGAUCAAUAAAACGUAUCGCUUUGAUUAAUACACCAA